AUGUCAAAAUCUCUGUCAUGGAACGAUCUAAACUGUUCCAUCCAGCCGUGGAUUCGAAUCGCAAUAGAUUCAAUGGGAUUUGAGACUAUGACCCCUGUGCAAGCAUCAACUAUACCGAUGUUUUCUGGCAACAAGGAUGUUGUUGUCGAAUCGGUUACUGGUUCUGGAAAGACAGUUUCAUUUGUGAUUCCCAUUCUCCAGAAGCUAUUCCAAGAUGAAGAAAACAACUGCAAGCUGAAGAAAGGCCAUUUCUUCGCCCUAAUCAUUUCUCCUACAAGAGAAUUGUCUAGUCAAAUUCAAUCCGUAAUUAACUCUUUUCUGAGUUACUUACCUGAAGACAAAACUACUGUUCACUCUCAACUUCUUGUUGGAACAAACUCAGCAUCAGUGAGGGAUGAUUUAAAUGACUUCUUCGACAAAAGACCUCAAAUUUUAGUUGGGACACCAGGGAGGGUAUUGGAUUUUUUGAAGAAUGCUACAGUAAAAACUAGUUCAUGCGCAAUGGUUGUAUUGGAUGAAGCUGAUAAAUUGCUAGAUGUUACAUUUGAAAAGGAUAUCGAAAGCAUUUUGAAUUUUCUUCCUAAACAAAGAAGAACGGGAUUAUUUUCGGCCACUCUCAGCAGCGCUGGAGCCGACAUAUUUAAGACAGGCAUGACUAAUCCUGUAAGAAUUUCUGUAAAAUCUAAAAUGAGUGCACCGGGUUCCUUGAAAAUUCAUUAUAUGACUGUUAAACCCAGAAUGAAAUUGCAACUACUCGUCAGUAUCCUAAAAGAUAUACGGUACAAGAAGUGCAUUGUGUACUUUCCAACUUGCGUUUCUGUGACUUAUUUUUACUCCUUUUUAAAGUACCUAGGCGAGAACAGUCUCUUGAAUGAUGAUCUGCACAUAUACUCGCUGCAUGGGAAAUUGCAGACGAGCUCAAGAAUGACUACACUGGCAAAUUUUGUUGAUACUUUGAGUAGCGCCGUUUUACUAACGACAGAUGUUGCUGCGAGGGGUAUUGAUAUCCCAGAUGUUGACCUCGUGAUCCAAUUUGAUCCGCCAACAGACCCUGACAUGUUCCUACACAGAUGUGGAAGAACAGGAAGAGCUAACAGGAAUGGAAAGGCGAUCACAUUCUUAAAUGAGGGUCGGGAAGAAGACUAUGUUCAUUUUCUCAGAGUCAAAAAUAUUCAACUUGAUGAAAUCAUUCCCGAUGCUCAACCCAUAGACGGCUUUGAAAACAGGUUCAAAAAGUGGGUUUUGCAUGAUAGAGCGAGGUUUGAUCAUGGUAUCAAAGCAUAUGUGGCUUUUAUUAGGUACUAUUCAAAGCACAGCGCAUCUUCAAUUUUCAGACUCGCAUCUCUGGAUUACAUAGGCUUAGCGAAGCUAUAUGGACUUAUUCGUUUGCCCCGUAUGCCUGAAAUAACCAGAAAUAUCCCACAAGAUGAGAUACCCGAAGCAGGUUGGUUAAUUGAAAGCCCGAUUAAUUUAGAUGAAUUUUCAUAUUUGAACAAACAGAUGGAAUUGGCAAGGAUUCAAAACCUCGACAAAUCAAAGGAAGUCAGUGAUAAGAGAAAGCUAAAAUCUGAGCUGAAGAAGAAAAAUAUGGCUUGGUCGAAUAAGUUGGAGGCAAAAGAAUCGAAGGUGAAUAGAAAACAAAAGCUAGCUGCAAAGCGAAAAGCAAUCGAAGAGAAAAUUUCUCAGGAGGGCAGCGGAGAGGACAGCGCGACUGAAGAAGAUUGGAAAGAGCUGGUGAGGAAAAACAAAAGAAAAAAAACGUCCUCUGCUGUGCAAGGUAAUUUCGCAGACCUAUAG